AUGAGUAGUCCAAAAUUAUCAGAGAUUUCUUAAAAAGAAACAACAAAAGAAAAAUUCUAAGAUUAAGAAAACGAUGAAAUUCCAAUUAAAAAAAAAGUUAAAAUAGAGGAAAAACUCACCAUAAAAUUGCCAUUUGCUGACAUACUCUCAUCUGAUGAAGACUCUAGUGAUAGUAGUUAAAUUUUAACAGGUAUCAGAACAAAAUUUAUAAAUGAUGUUCCAAAUUUUGAUUCGCCAAUUUUAAUAAGAAAACCUGAAAAUAAAGAGGAUUCUUAAUUGUUUUGA